AUGCAUAUAGAGAAGAAUGGUUGUGAUGUUCUUGUGGGAAUGCUGAUGAAUAUUCAAAGCAAGACAAAGGACGGAAAGGGUGCACGGGACGAUUUGAAAAAGAUGGGGGUUCGUCCAAAAUUUUGGGUUCAGCAAAGGGUUUUACAUCUCAUGGCGGAUGAUCACUACCGUAUUGGAGUGGAGGAUGUAGAGGAUGAUGAUGAUGAUUCAUCUGGGGUUGGGGACGAGUUGUAUGAUGUGAACAAGGAGCCUAAUUUGGGUGAGGCAGAAGAUCAGGCUCAAGAUGUUUUGGAUCGUAUGCUUGAUGAGUUUGAAAUUGCAGCUGAACAAGCGCCUCUAUCGAGAAUGCAAUGUCUGAGUCGUUCGGCGAGGACCAAAGUAGGACAACCUACAGGCAAAUGGCGUCGUCAGUAUGCUGUUCAAGUUGGGAUUUGUGCGCGCAAAAUCCCCAUUACUCUUCGUUUGAGCGACGUACCUAUUGGCUUGAUAGACACGUUUUGGAAUGAUACACGGAGUCUAUUUAACAUUCCAAAUGAGUACGCCAAGCGAAGGGUGUUUGAAUCCUUACUUGCGACAAGAUUCAGAGGGUUCAAGACCACCUUAGUUCGUCGGUUUAUCACAAAGAAGCUUGUGAGAAAACCAAAGAACAAGAAAGAAGGUGGCAUGGAUGAAGAAGUCAUCGAUGAAGAGAAACUCCCAUGGCAAAUAUGGCCUAGUGUAUCAAAGGAAGAUUGGGAUGCUUUCGUUCUUCAAAAAAGCAAAAAAGAAGCAAUUGUAAGUUCAAGUAACUCUGAUGACAAUUGUAAAAUAUAUUUAAUAUUUUGGUAGUUUUGAAACUAAUAU